UGCUACGGUAAUUAUUAUUUAGUUUUUUAUUUAAUUUUUACAAUCAAUUACCCGCAAUAAAAAUCAUUUUUACAAAACUUCCGAUUAUAAAUAAUACAAAAGCAAUUCUCGUUAACUUUUUUGUUACUUUGCUGUCAAUAAAGGUUCCAUUACUGAUGGAUGACGACACAGUGGCGUUUGGUGAGGAAGAUGAUGUGCGAAGUGGAAAAUUGAAACAUCCAUAUGUGACUUUUUUUCAUCUGGCGUUUAGAGUAUCAGCGAUAAUCGUCUACAUGUUCUGCACAUGGUUCUCUGAUAGUUUCAUCGCUAGUUUUGUUGUUGUAGUCUUGCUUCUCUCGAUGGAUUUUUGGACUGUCAAAAAUAUCACUGGGAGACUGAUGGUUGGGCUCAGGUGGUGGAAUUAUGUUGAUGAUGAUGGAAAAAGUCAUUGGGUUUACGAGUCACGAAAGGGUCGCCAACAGAAUCGUAUCAACCCAUCAGAAGCAAGAAUUUUUUGGCUUUCUCUAAUAAUCUGUCCAUUACUCUGGUGUUUAUUUUUCAUCGUCGCUUUAUUUGGCCUGAAAAUAAAAUGGCUAUUAAUUGUUUGCAUCGCUACGAUGCUAAACGGCGCGAAUCUCUUUGGAUAUGUUAAAUGUAAAAUGGGCAAAAAUUCUGAUAUUUCCACAGCGACCAAAGAUUACUUCAAAAAACAAGUUUUACAAAAUGUAAUGUCUUCAAUGAUGACCAAAAGUCCUCCAGCGACCAAUCAAUCACCAUCGAACAUCAUAUAAUUUUCUCAUUUCACUUGAUAUAAAAACUAAGUGAUAAAAAUUAGUUAAUUUGUAAAUAAUAAAUAAUAAAUUUACUACCUUGCUACCUUGCAAAAAAAUACUGUAAGUUAUAAUGAUUAUUAUAUUUAAAAUAAGGAAGGAUAAUAAAUAAAAUAACAAUAAAAAAUAA